AUGGUUAUUAUAGUUCAAAGUGAUUUACAAGCAGUAAAGCUUGACAUUUUUCGGAAAGAAAGCAUUGCUAAAGGUAUAGGUUUAGUAAGAAGUUGUCAUGUGAGCAAUGUGGUGGAGCAAAUGGACGAAAGUUUUCGUAGAAUUUGCGGAACUGUUUUGCGAGAAACUCCAAGAGCAGAAAGUAGGAAAAAUAGGACUAAUUUUUACUAUGUUACGCUCGAGAUUUCCGUUUACAGUAGAGGAGUCUGGCAAGAGACACGACCGUCAUUAUUCGUUUAUUUCAAAAAAGUCAUUUCCAAAGUCCAUAAGAAAUACGACAUAAAACUGACUGAUACAUCCUGCACAUCUAAAAUGUUACACUUGAAACCAUUGAAUAUUGAGAACAGAAUUCUUUUGUUUAAAGAAUUCGGAGCCACGAAUCUCAAUGAUAUAUCAUUAUCAAGAUUUACUCAAGCAAUGCAAAUGAAAAUAGUGCCAUUUAAAGAAUUUGUAGGAAUUUCUGAAGAAGUGGAUAUAGUGCAAACAUUUUUUGAUACUGUUUUCCCUAAAUCUUAUAAGCGACCUCCCCUGGAUAACUUAACUGAAGAUUUGACCUUUUUUGAUCUUCGCAUGCAAUUAGUAUCACUUUAUGUUAUGUGGAGGUACAACAUUUCUAAAGAAGUCUUAUUAGCAAAGCCGACUUUACGGAAAGCAAUAUUAUUUAAGAGCUUGAGGAAGAUCAAUGAUUCAGUGGAAUAUCUAAUGAAUGAUUUUGGAUGGGAACUCGAAAACGUUAGAAGGCAUCAUAGCGUCACGCGAUAUGAACUCAACAAUAUUAAGAGAAUAUGUGAAAGCGUAAAAAGCAUUGGCGAUUUAAGUCUCCAGCAAGCUGCCAGAAAAUGCCCGAGAAUCCUGAAUAAUGAGGCAAAGAAUAUUACGGCAAUAUUAGCUUAUUUUCGACAGAUGGAGAUACGUGGAUCAUUAAUAUUAAAAUGUUUGCGAAUUUUGACCUUACGUCCUGAUAUAGUCAUUGAAAGAAUGAACAAUAUACUAAGUAACCCAGCUCUCACAAUCUUCCGAAAUCAUUCCAGAUUUUUAUAUUUGAUUUUUGCUUACGAUAAACUCGAAGAACGUUUAGAACUUUUACAUUCAAUGAACUUCAAUUGCAUGAGCUUAGGUGCACUAAUCACGUCUACAACACAACUUCAAAGAAUGUAUGCGGAUGGAUGUGAUUUGUCGAAUAGACUAGACGUGGAAGCCUUCUUAGAUUACGAAUUUCCGCCUCAAGGUGCAGCUUUUAAGAAAGAACUUCAAAAGAAUCCAAAUUGGUUACACGUUCCAUUGCAACAAAUUUCUCAAUCAUUGCAAUACCUGAAGCAAUACUUCUCAGUGGACGAUAUUUGCAACAAUAUACAAAUCAUUCUUUAUCACAAGGUUCAACUGGAAAAAACAUGGACUUUCGUCCAGGAUCAAUACGAAAAUCACGAUGGUCAUAAGUUCACAUCCGCUCAAAAGAUUGCCUUGUGCCUUUAUCACUUAGAAUUCAAACAUCAUUUCACCGGAGAUGGUAUUUUAGUUUCGAAGGCAAGUGAAAACGAAAAAAAAAUGGAAUAAGGACGAAACAAAAUUUGAGAAUGAGGUAAUGACUGAAGAUAAGGUCGUAAUGAAAUCCGUGACUCGUAAGUAAAUCCAUGACUAUAUCGCCAAUGUGGGUACCAGUUACCAGUUACCGAGUGAAACUUGUGAAAUGAUGGUAGUGACUCAAAAAACACAACUAGCUGUGUCGGCAUGUGUAUUGUGUAAGUGUAAGGAUUCAUAAAUUUUGAUUCUAUGUGA